GAACCUCGGGCGGACCCAGGCCUCGGUGAUCGCCUUGGGGGCCCCUAGGAGGCUGCACUUCCGUUUUCUUCCCGGUUAUGAUGGGGGAAACUGAGGCACAGAGCGGGGCGCUCCCCUGCCCCAGCAAGGUCACACAGCCGGAAAGUGGCUGGGCCCGGGUUCGAGCCCUCCUGGGGGUAGACUGGGCAGAUGUGGCAGUCUCCUCUCUCAGUCUCGGUGCUGGACUGUCCCCAGAGGCUGGUCCCCCUUCAGCUUGGGGUUCGAGGGUGGGGGCAGGCCUCCCCAGCCCAGCCCAGCCCAGGGAAGCUUCCUCCCUUUGCCCUCCGCAGCUCCCUCUUGCCCUUCCUGUUUACCACGGGCGCUGCUGAAUCCCGAGGCGGCUGGGCCCGAGGGAGGAGUCCAUCUGUCUCCUGCAGAAGUCCGGGGUUGGGUGCUCUGUUAGGGGUGGAAGGGCCUCAGCCUCAUUUGCUGAGGAGAAAACCAAGGCUCAGAGCAUCUCUGGGACCUGUCCAAGGUGCUGCGUCUUGGCGGGACCUCUGCUUUGACCAGGCUGCUGUCUUCAUCGAAGAUGCGAUCCAGUAUCGCUCCAUUAACCACCGCAUGGAUGUCAGGUCGAUGUGGCUUUACCGGUUGUAUUACUCGAACGCGUGCCAAUGGAUAUUGAGCUUCACCAUUUUCUUGAUCCUGUUUUUGGCCUUUAUCGAGAGCCCUUCCUCGCUCACUAGCACCGCGGACGUCCGCUACCGCUCGGCCCCCUGGGAUCCACCCUGCGGCCUGACCGAGGGCGUCGAGGUGCUCUGCCUGCUGGUCUUUGUGGCCGACGUCUCUGUGAAGAGCUACCUGGUUGGGUGGGCCCAGUUCCGGACGAACCCCUGGCUGCUGGCCUACCUCGUGGUGCUGGUCGUGUCUCUCACGGACUGGAUCGUGUCGCUGAGUCUGCUUUGCCAGGAGCGGCUGCGGGUCCGCAGGCUCCUGCGGCCGUUCUUCCUGAUGCAGAACUCGUCCAUGAUGAAGAAGACGCUCAAGUGUAUCCGGUCGUCGCUGCCAGAGGUGGCCAGUGUCCUGCUGCUGCUGGCGCUGCACCUGUGCGUCUUCACCAUGUCCGGGAUGCUGCUCUUCACAGGCGAGAAGCAGGGCGAUGGGCAGGACCGGGAGAGGCUGAUCUACUUUCGCAACCUGCCGGAGGCUCUGACCUCCCUCCUGGUGCUGCUGACCACGGCCAACAACCCCGACGUUAUGAUUCCUGCAUAUUCCAAGAACCGGGCCUACGCCAUCUUUUUCAUAGUCUUCACCCUGAUAGGGAGCUUGUUUCUGAUGAACCUGCUGACGGCCAUCAUCUACAAUCAGUUCCGGGGCUACCUCAUGGUGAGCCGGGCUGCUGUCCCUGCGGCUCCGGGAGGAGCGGCCCCCGGAGGCCAGGCAGGCCACGACCAGCAGGGUGGCCCCGCGAAGUCCUUCCAGACCUCGCUGUUCCGGAGGCGGCUGGGAGCGCGGGCCGCCUACGAGGUGCUCUCCUCCGUGACGGCAGAGGGAGAAGCCCACCCCCGAGAAGUCGGGGUGCGGCCCCGGGACUUCCUGCAGGUGCUUCAGCGAGUCCAGCUGGACGGCUCCCACACACAGGCCGUCGUGGAGAAGGUGCGCUCCUACGGUGGCGACCUGCUGUCAGCCGGCGAGUUUCAGAAACUCUUUAAUGAGUUUGACAAAAGAGUGAUUAAAGAGCCCCCGCCGCGGCCCGAGUACCCGUCUCCCUUCCUGCAGAGGGCCCAGAUCGUCUUCAGCCACCGCUACUUUGACUACCUGGGGAACUUCAUCGCCCUUGGGAACCUCGUGUCCAUUUCUGUGUUCCUGGUGAUAGAUGCAGACGUGCUGCCCGAGGACCGAGACGACUUCGUGCUGGGGAUUCUCAACUGCGUCUUCAUCCUUUACUACGUGCUGGAGUUGCUGCUGAAGGUGUUCGCGCUGGGCCUGCCGGGCUACCUGGCCCACUCCAGCAACGUGUUCGAUGGCCUGCUCACUGUCGUCCUGCUGGUUUUGGAGAUCUCAACUCUGGCUGUGUACCGAUUCCCACACCCGGGCUGGAAGCCAGAGACGCUGGGCCUGCUGUCACUGUGGGACAUGGCCCGGCUGGUGAACUCACUCAUCGUGGUCCGGUUCCUGCGCAUCAUCCCGAGCCUGAAGCUAAUGGCUGUGGUGGCCAGUACCAUCCUGGACCUGAUCAGAAACAUGCGGGCUUUUGGCGGGAUCCUGGUGGUGGUGUACUACGUCUUCGCCAUCCUGGGCAUCAGCCUGUUCCGCGGCGUCAUCGUGGCUCCUGGAAACGGCAGCCUGAGCCCUGACAACAGCUCGGCACCCUGCGGAAGCUUCGAGCAGCUGGAGUACUGGCCCAACAAUUUCGAUGACUUUGCGGCCGCCCUCAUCACUCUGUGGGACGUGAUGGUGGUGAACAACUGGCAGGUGUUCCUGGAUGCCUAUCGGCGCUACUCGGGCCCGUGGUCGAAGAUCUACUUUGUGUUGUGGUGGCUGGUGUCGUCUGUUGUGUGGGUCAACCUGUUUUUGGCUCUGAUCCUGGAGAAUUUUCUUCACAAGUGGGACCGCCGCAGUCACCUGCAGUCCCUUGCUGGGGACCCGGACAGCACCUAUCAGACGAGUGCAGAGCUCUUGUUCAGGGCCUGGUGGUGUCUGUGUGCUGCUGAUGCUCAGUGAGUAUCUGUGAGGGGAAGAAUCUGGAUCUCUUGCUGCCGUCGAAUGCCGGGAAGAACAGACGGUGUUUUACCUCCGACACUAGCGUUGUCUAGGCAUAUGCGCUGCGGGGCUGGGAUCUGUCAGGUGUGGAUGCAAAGUGGGAUGAGAGAGGAAAAGGCUGAGGGCCAGGAGCAGGAGGAAGCGGCUGCACGUAUGCCCGAGGAGGACCCACACCUGCCCCAGGCCUGCGAGGAGCUCCCCGGCAGCCUUGGGGAAAAAGGGAACAGGUUUCUGCCGGAGGCAGCGGCGGGUGGCUGGUUAGUGCGAGGCCCAGUGUGGGUGGAGGCUUGCCGGGUGGGGCUGGGGCCCGCGGCCUCGCUGUCCUCGGCUUGUUUCCAGGUCUUCGUGGGGGGCCCACGACAGGAAGGUUGUGAAAGCCGCGAGCACGUAAAGGGAUUCUCAAGAGACCAAAGCAGUGAUGAUAAUUAAGAUGAAGAACCGCGAUUUGGGCGGCGGCUUCCCACGUGCUUUUCUGAGCCCUUCACGAGGCAGGUGUGGGCUUGUUUCGUCCCAUGGAGUCCUGGGCUAGGGCGGCACUGACAGAUGGGUAAACCGAGGCACGGAGUACAAAGAGGCGGAGGCCCCCUGGCUGUUCACAGCACUGCCUCCCCCUGGCCCGGCCUCCACCUUACCCCCUCCAUCCCUCCGCACGACAGCGCCGCGCGUGCCCGAGACAAAAGUCUGUGAUGUUUGUAGAGACACACGUGUGGCGUCAGACGGUCCUUUCCUGCACGCGGAAGGGUCCCGACAGUCCCCACGGGGUGCGGGAAAUGACAGGCAUGAUCAGGGGCGCUUUGGGGGGCAGGCUGGGCUCCUUGUGACUUCCUCCUACUUAGCCACCAUCCGGAGAGGCUCCCGGCACCCGGUCUGGGCCCCGCCUGCCGCGCGCCGUGACCUUGACGUGCAGUUAGCCUUCCUGAGCACUCGCUCCCUCGACUGGAAAGGAGGUGGGGGGCUGCGGACUGGAAUAAUGACGCUGAAGGAGCCGGUGUGCUGACCCCGGUGGGUUUUCGAGCUUCAGACCUCCGCGCUCCUUUUAAGUGGGGAAACUGAGGCACAAGGUUUUUUUUUUUUUUUUUUCUUUUAGGAGCCUGUGCCGACAGGUGGCCAGGCGGAGUGUGUGCCCAAGGCUGUCAUGAAGGCAGAUUCGCUCAGCCCUGAGCAGCCUGUGACAGGGCCUGUGCCUGCCCACGGGUAUGACACUUGCUGCUGGACCCCGGACAGGCCUGCACACAUCUCCAUCGCAGUGGCCUCUCACCCCCCCACGCGGCUCGCCUCUGGCCCUGGGAAGCCUGUGGUGGUCCUUGCCCCAUCGACUAGAGGCUGGGGUUGCUGUCCUGCUGCACUGGCCUCCAUCACUGUCCCCAGAGGCCCUCGAGGUGACCCCGAGCCCAGCACAUCGUGUUGGCAGCUGGGGGGCGCACCAUGGUGGCAAAAGCCGUGCCCCUUCCCCUCUGGGCACUUUCGGUCUCCUGCGAGCGAGAGGGCUUCCGAGACGGGGCUGGUUUGUAUCCGUUUCCUUGGCCACUUCCGUUCCCGUCGGCAGAGCUCCAUCUCGGGUAGUCUUGCCGCCCGGGUUCAGAUGGAAGGUCCCUGAUAGCGUCCCCCUGUGCUGUGUUUGCCUAGAAGCAAAGCCAGCAAUGCCCCAACCCGUUACUCUGUCCUCUCGAUGGUUCCGAGGUGGGCGGCUUGUCCCUUUGACCGUGUUGCAGUCGGACCCUCCUACACUGACUUCUCCCCUGAGAAGGGUGUUUAAGGGAAGGACAGGACGUCUACUGGGCGUCCCCCAGGCCCAGGAGAAAGUCGGCACGAGCAGCUUUAGAAGAAACCGGAAAGUUCCUGAUUGGACCGACAGUGGACGUUGGUUGCCCUUGCGGGGCCCAGGGUUUGUCAGGCAGCUGCCGAGUCUGUGGCCCCUUCUUAGCAAAAGGUCUUAGAACUGUAAAUACAAGGAGAGUGAUUAUAUGGAGAAACUGCUAAUGGGACAUUAACAAAUCCAAACGUGGGACACAGGAGAGCCACAGCCUGCCCC